AUGCCGGAGAACUUGCUGCAGAAGAUGGAGAUUGAAAUGAAGGAGAAGAGGGAGGAUAUGGAUAAAGCGGCUCAAGCUCAUUUGGUAGUUGCUGCACUCAUUACAACUGUGACCUUUGCUGCAGGCAUUACCAUGCCCGGGGGCUUCGUUGGUGGAGAUGAUCAUCUACAUCCAGGCUCUGCAGUUUUGAGAAAAAGUGCUGCUUUCCAAGUAUUCAUCAUUACAAAUGCCCUAUCAUUGAUGCUAUCUAGCUCUGCUGUUUUUAUCCACCUAUUUAUUCCGCUUAUCCCCACUGAACACUUCUUCGAAAAGCGCACAAGUUUUCUUCAAAUAGCCUUUUGGUUCCUUCUUUCCUCCAUGGCACCAAUGGUUUUGGCAUUUGUCACAGGUACAUAUGCUGUAUUAGCGCAUUCAAUUAUUGCCAUUCCCACUUGUAUUAUUUGCUUAUCCUUUGUUCCCAUCCUUGUUUAUAUAUUUCUAAAAAUAAGUUGGUACGCGCUAUGA